ACUUCUCAACGUGGGGCUGUUAUAGACCAGUCACAGACAAGUGCAGCAGUUGCUUUCUUUUUCUACAAUGGCAAACUCAAUGGCAUGUGUACAGUACUAGUCAAAAGUUUGGACACACCUACUCAUUCCAGGGUUUUUCUUUAUUUGUAGCAUUUUCUACUUUGUAGAAUAAUAGUGAAGACAUCAAAACUAUGAAAUAACACAUAUGGAAGAAUCCCGUAGUAACCAAAAAAGUGUUAAACAAAUUUUUUAUUUUUAUUUAUUUUUUAUUUCACCUUUAUUUAACCAGGUAGGCUAGUUGAGAACAAGUUCUCAUUUGCAACUGCGACCUGGCCAAGAUAAAGCAUAGCAGUGUGAACAGACAACACAGAGUUACACAUGGAGUAAACAAUUAACAAGUCAAUAACACAGUAGAAAAAAAUGGGCAGUCUAUAUACAAUGUGUGCAAAAGGCAUGAGGAGGUAGUCAAAAUUAUCAAAAUAUAAUUUAUAUUUUAGAUUCCUCAAAGUAGCCACUCUUUGCCUUGAUGACAGCUUUGCACACUCUUGGCAUUCUCUCAACCAUGAGGUAGUCACCUGGAAUACAUUUCAAUUAACAGGUGUGCCUUGUUAAAAGUUAAUUUGUGGACCGUCUGUUACAUCUGCUCCUGACACGCCCUCUACUUCUCAUCCUGUGUCUCCCUAACCUGCCGCCACUCCCCCAGUGCUUUCUCCCUCUUCCUCUCUGUGUGUGUGAUUGUGUGGGCGGAGACAGGUGUGCUGGAGGCAGAGCUGAUCCCCACCAGCUGCAACCUGUUCCAUAAUCAAGACCUCUACAAAUACUCAGUCCUGCCACUUCCAUGCUGCCAGAUCGUAACCUCUACUCUGUGGUUUUUAGCCGGUUGUGCCUGCUAAGAUCCUGGUUUCCCUUGCCUGACGCUGUUUUCCUCUCCGCUACAGUUCUGCCCGCUCUGACUUUGGCCCGUCUCCAGUCCCACGUCUCAUCAGUCCUGCUACUCUGUCCUGGACCCCCCCCACUGCGUCCUUGAACUUCCGGGUUGGAGCGAGCGGUCGCAUCCGCACUUCGGUCCGCAGCUAUCCGGUUUGGUCGGAUGCCUCAGUCAGAUGGGGGACAGAGAGGCGGGAGGAGACCUCAGGCAGGUGGGCCACAAGACCCUGGUCAGACAGAUCCAUAAAGCCUACAUGAAGAACUUCAACAUGAACAAGGCUAAAGCACAAAUCAUACUGACCAGCAAGAUCUGCACACCGCCUUUUGUCAUCCACGACAUGGAGACAGUCCUGCUGGCUGAGCAGAUGGUGAUGGCCAAGCUGGUAGGUGGAGGAGGAGGUGGUGUCGGCCCAGAUGGAGCAGGGUCUGGGCCCGAGGAACUCCAGGAGAGGGAGGCAGAGGCCAGGCUGUUUCACUGCUCCCAAUGCUUCUCUGUGGAGACUGUGACAGAGCUCACAGAAUUCGCCAAGUCCAUACCAGGCUUCCAGUGCCUGGACCUGAAUGACCAAAUGGGUGACUGUUGAAGUACGGGCUGUAUGAGGCCCUCUUCACCCUUCUGGCCUCCUGUAUGAACAAAGAUGGCCUCCUGGUGGUGAGCGGAGGAGGGUUCAUUACCCGGGAAUUCCUCAAGAGUCUACAGUGGCCCUUCAGUGACAUGAUGGAGCCCAAGUUCCAGUUCGCCAUGAGGUUUAACUCCUUAGAGUUGGAUGACAGUGACCUGGUGCUGUUCUAGGCCACUAUCCUCUGCUUGUCUUUGGAUCAAACCCAAAAAAUGCUUCAACUGGUUACAAUUAAAUGAGUUUGGUUAUUGAAAAUAUAUUUCACAGUGGAUUAGAUGGUACAAUGAUUCUCUGCACUAUACAUUGUUUGUUUAGAAUUUCAGCAACCAGUCCGCCAUUUCUGCAUAUUUCACCUUUAAACCUAAUAAAUAACAAAUACAAACUAAUAUUUAUUGUAAAU